UAAAGUUGUAAAUAGGAACUGUCAAGAAAUAGCAGAGCGCGCGCGCAGGUAUCCUCCACGGAGACGCCCAGAGAGACACCCAUCCAGCCUGAGAUGCCCCGGUUCUUGCCCGGAUUCCAGUGGCCGCGAGUUCCCCGGGCUUCUUAGAGAGGAUUGUGCAACGCGAAGCUGCUGAUGGGUCUGCGCCGGUGGCCCGUCUGGCUGCCGCUGCUGCUGCUGGGGUCCGCUUCCUUCCUGCUAGGGGGCUGCGCAGGCUCCUCCUCACACUCCUUGCAUUAUUUCUACAUGAGGGUGUCUGAGCCUGGCCAGGGGCUUCCCCAGUUCACCGCUCAGGCGUCCGUUGACGACCACAUCUUCAUUCAGUACGACAGUGACAGGAAACGAGCCCUUCCUCAGGUGCCCUGGGUCCAGAAGGUGGGGCAGGACUACCCCCAUUACUGGGACAAUAUGACUCAGAUCUUUCGGGAUGCUGAGGAAGUCUUCCGAGUUGUUCUGGAGAGUGUGCAGCGUGACCACGAGCAGAGCACAGGCUUGCACACCUGGCAGGUCAGGUACGGCUGCGAGCUGAGCCAAGAGGGGCGCCAAGGAGCAUACGAGCAGGAAGCCUACGAUGGGACAGUCUACCUUGACCUUGACCUGGAGUCUCUCUCCUGGAUGGCAGUCGAGAGAGGAGCCCAAGUGAGCCGGACUGGAAACCAGACGGUCUCUGUGAUGGCUUACGUGGGGAAGGAAGACUGCAUUGCGUGGCUCCGGAGAUACCUGGACUACGGGAAGGAGGUUCUGCUGAGGACAGGUGGGUGUUUGCAUGAGGGAAGAUGCAGGGAGAUGGGGGCAAGACUUGUGAUGGGUUGGGUGUGUGUGCAGAAAUUCCUUCAUAUUCUACCCAGGACAUUUGAGGAGGACACGACCUGCCUGCCUCUGAGGAUGCCUCUCGUUUCUUCAGAGUCUCCCGUCGUGAAGGUGACAAGUAAGGAGGACUCCAAAGGCCCGGCCACCCUCGUCUGCCGAGUUUACGGCUUCUACCCAAAGGAGAUCAAUGCCUACUGGAAGAAAGACGGAGAGGUCUGGGUGCAGGAUACCUUCCGCGGAGUUGCCACCCCCAAUUCAGACGGGACCUACCAUGCCAUGCUCGGUAUUCAAACCAACCCUGAGGAGAGGAAACGCUUCCAGUGCCAUGUGGAGCACGAAGCUCUGCCCAAACACCUGGAUGUGGCCUGGCAGGAGCCUGCGUUCAACAGCGGGCUUCUAAUUAUAUGCAUCGUGGGGGCUGUAGUCCUGGUGGCCGGCAUCUCUGUGGGCAUCAGUAAGUACCACGUACCCUCCAAGUGUCCCAAUUUUCUGAGGACAGUCCCAGAAUUACGAAAGCCAACCCAACUAGUUCUGACUGGAUCCCAGAAUGUCCCGAUUUCCCCUGCCGGUGCUGCUGCCACCAAGCUUGGGUAGGUGGAUUUAACCGAGGGAGCAUCCCAUAGCCCAGCGUUUCUCAACCACUGUUCCGCGGCACACUAGUGUGCCGCGAGACGCUGGCUGGUGUGCCGUGACGUGCGGCGACGAGAAGGGCGAUUUGCAUUGUCACGUGCCUGGCGGCCGCCAAUAACCAUCACUAACCCGCCGGAAAGGAAGCCGGCCGGGUCACGAUGCGGAGCGAGCGCAGCUCUCAACAGCCACCACCACGGGAGGGUGGUUUUAGACAAACUUAAAGAAGCUGGCUGGAUGAGCUCAACCUGAAACUUGCUGAGCAAAGGAUUGUGCUGGCAGAGAAAUCAGCGGCUUGUGAAGCCUUAUUACAGGAGAUUGCAACCAACACAGCAAUUGGCAAGUGUUUCUUACAGUCAUAAUUAUAUAGUCAAUAUAGGGCGGCACAGAGUUAAAUUUUUUAACUUUUUUAAUGGUGGUGUGCCUCGUGAUUUUUUUCAUGGGACAAGUGUGCCUUGGCCCAAAAAAGGUUGAGAAACACUGCCAUAGCUUCUCUGUGGCUGCUACUGCCAGCCUUCUCCCUUGGGCAGCUCAUCGCGGCUGCUGGAGAGCGGGCAUGGAGGAGGAGAAGCUGACACCAUCAAGGCACAGCCCUGCGCAUGAUUCUCCGGCUCUGGGGGGCAGAUAAGAGGGUAGGGCCACCCUGGGCAGUAAAUCGACCAAAUAAUAAAAUAAAAUAAAAUUUUGAUUGAAGUGUUUUCUCAGGAUGGUGGAGGGCUGUGUGUCCUGUUAGUGUGGUUGUGGUGGCACUUUUCCAGACGGGAGGACUGGAGUCAUGUUGGAAGAAAUCUGUUCCUGCUUAGAAUCUGGAAGACUUCCUACCUUUACUAGUGACAGGUUCUUGGGGUGUCUGCCGGGAUCUUUCCCUAGAAAAUCAUCUGCUGGGUGGCCCUUCCCCGCAAGAGAGGGUGAGGCUGGAUGAUCUCCGUUGCAUCCCUUUCCGUCCUGAAGAAUCGUUGUCAUGAGUUAAAUGACUAGAGGCUCCAGAAUCUAUGAUGUUUGACUAGGUCUCACAACUGUUCACAGUUAAGCUCUUUCCUUGUGAAGGAAAACUUUUUCUCAUUGUUCCUCUUCAUUUGGCCACUUAAAAUGUAGGGGAUUCCUGUGAAUGUUGGGCUUUGCAAGCCUUGGGUAUGUGCCCUCCCUUGUGACAACUCAUAAUUU